AAAAGCCAUGGGGUUAUCUCAAUAGAGCAUCAGUCGCAGUUUGUUCUCUAGCUGAAAUUCCCAAAAUGUUCAAGAUCUUGUUGGUUUGCACAAUCCUUGGCCUGGCCGUCGCCUCGCCUCUUGGCCCCGGCGCGAUUCGCAGCGUACUCGGUGGUGGCGGUGAUGUGCACGCUGAGGUUUUGGGCCGCAGCGAUGAUGUGCGCGCCGAUGGCUUUGAUGCCAGUCUGGAGACCAGCAACAGCAUUUCCCAGUCCGCCAGCGGUGAUGUGCAUGGCAACAUCCAUGGCCAAUUCAGCUGGGUGUCCCCCGAGGGCGUGCACGUUGCUCUGUCCUAUGUCGCCAACGAGAACGGCUACCAGCCCAGCAGCGAUCUGCUGCCAACCCCACCACCAAUCCCAGUUGAGAUCCAGCGCUCUCUGGAGUACCUGGCUGCCCACCCAGCUGCCCCUGGUCAUUAAACCUUGACUUGAUCUGAUCGACAUUGAGUUUAAAUAAAUCGAAAUUUGCAAUUUA